AUAGGAUUACCAAUAUGAAUCUACAGAAUGAAGAAGAGGAUUAUGUUCUAAAUUUAAGCGAUCAACGUAUUGAUUUCAAGCCAGUGUCGAAAAAUGUGAGCGUUUUCUAUGAUGAAUCCAAUCGACAGGUUUUCAUUGUGAUCGAUAGAGGUAGUGAAGCGAUUAUUGUUAAAAAUCCUGAUGGAUUUGUUAUGAAAUUCUGGUAUGAGAAACUCAAAGAAUUUUUUACAUCAAAAUACUCAUUAGAAUUUUCCAUUUGCAGCAUACAAGAUCGUGGCAAUAUAUUUUCAAUAAAAUUUUCACCAAACUAUGAAAUACUUUCAUUACAACGGUCAGUUGAAUAUGUUGAAUUUUUUCUAUUCAAAAACGAUCAACCACAAGAGUUUUUUACACAUAAAUUAAAGAAAAAUGGUAAAAUUCUUGGAUUUUUUUGGACAAAUAACAAUGAAAUUGUAAUCAUAUCGAAUAAUGGUAUCGAUUAUUUACAAGUUUUAGCCGAUAAAAAAUGUCUAAAAUCAUUGAAAUGUUUUAGUUUAACCGUUGAUUGGUUUGUGUUUCAGCCUGCUUCAGGUAUACUUUUAAUUGCCAAUGGAACAUUUGGAAAUGUUAUACAUCCAUUUUCAUUCAGGUUAUCCAAUGUAUAUAGGCUAAAUAAAUUUGAAAUUGAAUUGACAUAUCAAACAAAAAAUACAAACAAUAAUUAUCUACAAGAAAGAGAUGUUACCGUUGUAAAUUUAUAUGGCAAACCACGAUUAUUGAUUUUGAAACAUCAACCCAUUGCUAAAGAUCAAUUUGGUGCUCGUGUUAUUGUCUAUACAUUUCAUUAUAAAAAAGAUUUACAGCCACAAAAAACGGACGUGUUAAUCACAAAUCUGACCGGAAGAUUUGCCAUCAAUAUUGUUGAUGAUAUUGUCAUCAUACAUCAUCAAACGACAAAAAGUUCAAUGAUAUUUGAUAUUAAUUUAUCGGCAAAUGAAAUCGUUGAUAAUGUGAAAUAUCAUCUGCCAAUCAUUUCGAAAUGUGCAAUUAGACCAUAUAAAAUUAACAAUGUUAUUGAUUAUGAUUUAUAUUCACCAAAUUGGGUCAUUUUUCAGCCAAACAUAAUAAUCGAUGCAAAAUAUGGCUGUCUUUGGUUCUUGGAAUUGAAUCUAGAGUUUAUGGAACGAUUAAUAAAAAAUGUACCAAUACUUAUCGAUUUUUUGCUAUUACGUCGCAAUUCCAAAUCAAUCAUAUUGAAAGUUUGUCGAAAUAUUGUUAAUAUAAGUAAAAAAUAUGGUCAAAAUCCUAUUGGAAAUUUAUCGUUGGUUUUCAAUAAAUUGAAUCUUACAUAUAAAGAAUCAUUGAUUAAUAAUCGACAAAACAAAACGAUGACGACGACGAUGCUGAUGACGAUUGAAUCAUCAUCAUCAUUUGAUUAUAUACGACAUAAAACAAUGACCACAAUUGAUCAGAAAGAUAUAUUAAGUAAUUUUUUCGAAUAUUUCACUGAAGAUCGUAUUGACAAUAAUCUUGGCAUCGCUAUCGUAUUUGAAUAUGUUCAUUCAUUAUCUAGUCAUGAUAUUCAAAUUGAUUUUUUCAUCUAUGAAUUCUUAAUUAAUCAUCUAAUCAAAUCGGGAAAUUAUUAUCAAAUGCAUCAAUUUUUACAAUACCAUGUAUUCACUGAUUCAACACAUUUGGCUUGUUUAUUAUUAUCGUUAAGUCGUAAAAAAUAUCCAUAUGGUUAUCAGCUUGGAUUGGAUAUGUUAAAAAGAUUGAACAAAUCAGAUGAUGAAAUUGUCGAAGUAUUAUUGUCACAAAAUCAGAUUAUUCGUGCAUUACGUUAUGUAGAAAAACAUGGCGAUAUUUAUAGUGUGUCGGCAAGAAAAUUUUUAGAAGCAGCUUUCGCCACCAAAGAUGUGAAAAUUUUUCAUCAAGUUUAUAAAUUUUUUCAAUUAAGAAAUUUAAAAUUAAGAAAUUCAUUAGAAUUUGUUAAAGGAGAAAAUUGUAUCAUUUAUGAACGACAAUUUGAAAAUAUUUUCGGUAGUAAAAUAUCCGUACUUUUAUGACGGUGUACGGUUAAAAUUUUC